AUGCCACAUGCAGUGCUGCUACGUGCGCUGAUGGAGCUCCCGCAAGGGCCGAGCUUCUCAGCUGUCCGAGAAGCUUUGACAAUGCUGGUGGGCGCUUGCCAGUGGCCCUCCGCCAUCGAGAAGGAAUGGUUUCUCCAGGCCAUCCGUCCGGUUGUUGAGAUGUUCUUGGACGAGUCUAGCACCACCAUAGCCCAGCGCGAUUUGCUGGAGGCGAAGACGUGUACCUUCGAGAAGGGCACGUACGGCCACGAGCUCCGAGCAACCGCCGAGGGGGACAUGGAGAUCGAUGCCUCGGAUUGCGUCGCUCUGAGUCUCGACGACGAGGAGCUGCUGGGCGAUCGCGUCCGAAGAAUCGAGUGCUUCGUGAGCAACGCCUCCCCGCUGGUGCUGUGGUACUGGGACAAAGAGCAUCCAGUGAUUGCUGGCGCUCUCGAAGGACAGCUCAUCCGCAUCACCAAGCUGGCGAAGCGGACGACGCUCAAUCGCAUGGUGUCAGCGCUGCACGUCCUUUGCGAGCCGCCAAGGCGGGCGAAGAAGAAGGAGGGCAACAUCAAGGAGCGACUGCAGGUGCAGCAUGCCCCCUCGGAGGGACUGAAAACGAUUCUCCUGCCUUUCCCGCUGACCCACAAAGACAGGUUCGCGCUGUCCAAGAAGGUUCCCGAUGAGAAGCUGCUGAAGGGAGAUGAGCCGACACCCACUGCUGAGCUGAACUUUAGCCAGACCCGGGCUUUGAAUGCGUCGACCGUGCGAACUGUCACGCUGGUCCAGGGCCCGCCGGGCACAGGGAAGACCACCACCUGCGUGCAAGUACUGCGGCGCUGGGUCAUGAUGAUGCCAGCGAAAAGGCGAAAGACCACGAGCAUCCUUGCAACGAGUGGGUCGAACAUCGCCGUAGACAACUUGGUGGAGGGGCUGGUCGCCAUGGGCAUCAAUGCUGUGCGCCUCGGCCGCCCGGAGAUCAUGCGCCCGGAGGUGUCUCGCUGCGUAGUGGAGAAUGUCGCCAUGAGGAAUAUGGGUGUGGCUUCCUUCAAGGACGUGCCGGAGAAGGCCAAGCGAAAAGCCAUCCAAGAAGCCAUGGAAGAAGCGCAGGUCAUCUGCUGCACCGUGGUCACAGCUGGGAGUGCGUUGCUGAAAGACUUCCGAUUUCCCCUGGUUCUGGUAGAUGAGGCCUCGCAGGUUACCGAGCCCGCGACGCUGAUUUCCAUUUGCCGGGGCUGCCAACAGCUGGCCCCCUCCCCAGACCUUGCGCAGGCGGAGUUGCUCACAGCCGACAGAGGCGAUGUGUCUGGUUGGGAUGCCAGCUGGGAACUGAGGGCCCUCGCAAAAGGCACAGGUUUGUAA